UAAGAUUGGUGAUUGGUCUGUGCUCUUAGUUCCUCUCUGCCCUUCACCGUUUCACAAAUUUUUCCUCUCUACACAAACCUAGCUAGCUAGCUCAUAUAUUAUGCAAAGCUUGCAGAUUGAUACAUAGAAUUGAAAGAGACCCUUCUGAGAGAGAGAAAAAAAAAACUUGUCUUUCUUGUUCACUUGUUGUUUGUUGGUUGGGUCUCUUUCGGUUUCGGGUAGAGGUGGCACUAGAGAAACCAUUGCCUUGCGCCUCUACCUCUGCCAUUUUUCCGCCACCUUUUAUCCCUCUCUCUGACUCAAAAACCUUUCCCACCAAUUCAGCUCAACCGACAUUGAGACCUAGUUCAUGACAUAUACUAGUACCGUAUAUUGUUUGCCAACAGCCAAAGAGAAGCAUAUAUUAUAUCAUUAGGGUUUUGUUUUAUUUUUUAUUAUUUUUUCCUUCCUGUUUAACCCUACUUGUCUUGUCUUCUGUUUUCCAGCGUUGAUCCUCAGACGUUGCCUCUUUCUGUUCCCUUUUUAUGCUUUUUCCUCGGGAUCGGAUCCCACAAGUAAAACAUACACAGCACAGGCUGUGACUUGUGAAAGAACAAAAAGUAAACAAAAAAAGUUGACGGGUUUUAUUCCCGAGGACUUGUGUUUGUUACUACUGUUUGAACCUUUUUUAGUACUUUUAUUGUCGUUUUGUCUGAUUUAGGAGCUUCCACUAUAUAUGUUGGAGUUAAUUAGUUGAGACAUAUCAUACCACCACUUUCAUCUCAGUUUGUAUAAAAACCAAAUCAUUUUUGGAGGAAGAUUUGUGACUGCACCACCUUACCCAGAUCUGUGAAGACUGCUGCUAGCUUGAUCUGACUAAAGAGUGGGAGAACAUGAAUACUUUUACUCAUGUCCCCCCCGGUUUCAGGUUCCAUCCUACGGAUGAAGAACUUGUUGAUUACUACCUUAGGAAGAAAAUUACUUCAGGGAGGAUUGACCUAGAUGUCAUAAAAGAUGUUGACCUCUACAAAAUUGAGCCAUGGGAUCUUCAAGAGAUUUGCAGAAUAGGAACAGAAGAACAAAAUGAAUGGUACUUCUUUAGCCAUAAAGAUAAGAAGUAUCCAACUGGAACUCGCACGAAUAGAGCGACUGCAGCAGGGUUUUGGAAAGCAACAGGAAGAGACAAGGCAAUCUAUUCCAAGCAUGAGCUGAUAGGCAUGAGGAAGACCUUAGUCUUUUAUAAAGGUCGAGCUCCAAAUGGACAAAAGUCAGAUUGGAUAAUGCACGAGUAUCGGCUUGAAACAGAUGAAAAUGGCACUCCACAGGAAGAAGGAUGGGUUGUGUGUAGAGUAUUCAAGAAGAGAGUAACAACCAUGCGUAAAGUGAGUGAGCAUGACUCCCCCUGUUGGUAUGAUGACCAAGUCCCUUUCAUGCUUGACUUAGACUCACCAAAGCAAACCUCUCAAUCUAAUUUGGUCUACCAGCUACCAUAUCCUUGCAAGCAAGAGCUAGAUUUGCCAUACCAAUUGCCUCGUGACCACUUUCUCCAGCUUCCACUUCUAGAGAGCCCAAAACUGCUUCAAUCUGCUUCUGCUAUAACCCCUAAUAAUCCCAUGGCAGCAUAUGUUCUAGACCAUGUAAACCACUCAACUUCUCUGCUUCCCCCAUCCCUCAUACAAGAAGAACAGCAAAACUUUCAGGCAACCUAUGGCAACAGCAAUUCCAAUGAACAAGCAGUGGAUCCAGUAAUUGAUUGGCGAGUGCUUGACAAGUUUGUUGCUUCACAACUUAGUCAAGAUGCUUCCAAAGACAAUAUCUUUCAAGGCACGGACAAUAGCAAUGUACAGUUCAGACAUCUGGACAAACAAGAGCUAGUGGUGCCUGAACAAAAUGCAUCAAUAUCAAACUCCAGCUGCCCAAUUGAUUUGUGGAAAUAGUGGCUGCUUUAUAUAUCGGUUUUGGGUACAUACUAAUUAUAGGGUACUUAGCUAAAAACAUCACUUGCAAGUACUGUUUAAGUGCCUGUACAUAAUAAACGUAAUGGGCGAAACUUUAACUAUUGUGGAGCUUCUCGUUCCACUACUUCUAUCUAAGCUUCUAGCAUAUUCAAUUUUAAAAAAAAAAGUUAAUGGAAGGAUCAAAUAGUUAGGCAAAAGCCAUCUAUAUUUCCCUGAAGAUGGAAAGCUUUGCAGGGUUAAAAGUUGCAAUAUUGUUUGCUACGGAUGCAUGAUGGGUUCUACUACAUACAUAUGUAAGCCAAGGUCCAACAGCCACAUCCGCUGUUUUCAUUGGAUUAUGACCGGGUGGUCGAUAUACAUAUAUCUAUGUCUGUAUGUUACAAUUAAAUGAAAUAGUAGUUAUAGAAUAAACUAUUCUUUUCUUCUUUUUUAUUUGUUUGUUAAAUUUGAUCAGCAUCUAUU